AUGCUUACCGCCACAAAAGCAGGUGCCGUGCCUAUUGCUGUGUUGCUGCACAGCUCUCAAACCACGGAGGGCUACAGCCUCGCCUUCCAACUGCUCAAGGAUAGCUGCCCAUCAUGCUUUGGCAACAGACAGGCUCCCUUAGUACUGAUGUCGGACAAUUCCCGUCCCGACAAGGAUGCUUUGAAAAAGACGUGGCCUGCAGCCAAACAGCUCCUAUGCCAGUUUCAUGUGCUGCAAGCAGAAUGGCACUGGCUGACUGCAGCGGGUAACAAAGACCCCAAGGAAGACCAACGUCAACUGAUGGCUGCCUUCCAAAAGAGUCCACUCACCACCAUGGGAAACAUGGACCGCCUCAGCCGCAACCCUCUGUGGAUAAGUGAGGAGCAGGACUUGCCUGUACGACUCCUCCCAUGGCCCUGCAACAAGUGCUUCUAGCACCUCGGCUGAGGCGGCUGUCUCAGUUGCAUCAGGUCUUGCUGACCUUGCGGCCAACGUGAACACUGCCAACGAGAGCAAAGCCAGGACCCUGAAGGGCGCAAGGAAGCUGGUCAGUGUCGCACGCCUGCAAGGAAGCACGGCUGGUCACCUGCACCAGUGUUCUUGGCUU